AUGUUCUCGCAGAUAUCCCCCGACGCGUUCUACGCGCUGAGAGACCUCAAGGAGGUCAACAUCUCGCACAACGAGCUGAACGUGCUGCCCCGCGACGCGUUCGCCGAGUGCCGCCGGCUGGAGCUUCUGGACCUGUCCUGGAACCCGCUGGUGCUGCCCGGCCGGGGCCCCAUGCUGGCCUCCAGCUCGCUGUCCGCUCUCGACAUGUCCUUCUGCAGCCUCGGCAAACUACCGGACCAGGUUUUCUCCAAGGUGCCGGCCCUCAGCGAACUGCGACUGCGCGGCAACGACGUCCAGCUUGCAUCGGAUUGCGUUCUGGAACCGAUCCCCCAGCUGAUACUGCUGGACGCCGAUCUGACGUUCCAGUGGACCGAGUGCUCUUCCCAGGAGGCGACAACCAGUGGGAGUCGACGCGUGACGAAGUUGGGAGACUCUGGGAGCGGGCGAGACCCCGGCGAGCUGUAG